AUGCAACUCAUUUUAUUUUUAUUUCUUAUACCGUAUGUAGUCGCUUUCACUUGGCAGGUAAAUUGAAAAUAUUUCUUGUGUUGACUUUUUUCAAAUUAAAUAUAUUUCAGGAUGUAUUCACAACUUCUGAUAGCAUUCUAGGACUGAAAAACAUUACGGAUCAAUGUGCAAAUGAUACUUCAAUUUGGAUUUCUUCAUUAGAAAAAAUCGGAAAAAUUACAUCAGAUUGUUUAAAACAUAAAAUAUGUAACCCGCUGGAAUUGCUUACUUUGAAAAAUGAUUUGUUUGCCAUUCAACGUAAGAACUUAUUUUUCUAAUUUUCAUCAGUUUACUUUUUUUAGAACUUGAUGCAUUUGCAAAGUUUCCUGUAGCUGGAGUUCUAGAAGGUCGAGUUGUUUAUGAUGGUUCUUAUCAAGAAUGUGAACGUGUGAGCGGCAAGAAAUACGAGACAAACUAUUGUUAUCUUGUAUUGAGACCUGGUAAAGUAUGUCCUUUCAUUGAACUUUCUUAACCUAAUCAAAAACAAAAACAAAAAACAGAACGCUGAUUGCAAUUCCGGUCUCAUGGGAAACAUUUCAAUUAUUCGAACAGCGGUUUGUAUGCCAAAAUCAUGCGGGAAAAAUGAUUUGGCAACAAUAUUCAAUCAAUUGACACCAUUGCCACUAACAGCUUGUUCAGCUUACUGUUCUAGUUUGGAUAUUGAAAAGGAUACGCCAUUUUGGGGAUUCACUAUAUUUAUGUGUGUUAUGGUGGGAAUCGCACUUUUAGCAACACUAGUCGAUUUUGUGAGAGAAAAAUCAUUUGGAAUAUCAAGUCAGAAAGAGAAAAUACUUCCUUUGAAAAUCCUUCUAGCAUUUUCUUUUUGGACAAAUGCAGGACAACUUCUUGCAGUCAAAGAACAGAAGCCUGGAUAUAUAAAAUCUUUGGAUUGCAUCAGAGCAAUUUCAAUGUCUUGGGUAGUUGCUGGACAUGGCUUGACUUAUAUAAUGUUCUCAGAAAACUUGUUACCUGUUACAACACUUCCAAAGAAAUUCUGGAAUCAUCUUAUUACAAAUGCUGUAUUUUCAGUCGACACAUUUUUCUUGCUUUCUGGAAUUGUUCUCUCAUACAUGUUUUUCAAAGAAAGGCCAAAGGGAAGAGUUAUGCGAAGUCCAGUAACCUGGAUAAUGUAUUAUAUUCAUCGAUAUUUACGACUGACUCCACCAAUGAUGAUUUUCAUUGGAUUUUUCACGGUUUAUGCGCCUUAUAUUCAAGGACCAUUUGCAGCAUCAACAGAAAGUUUGUAAAUUCUUUAGAAAUCUUGAACUAACCCCUCAACUUUCAGAUGAAAUGUUGACCCAAACCGAAGUUUGUAAAACAAUGUGGUGGCAGAAUCUUUUAUACAUCAACAAUUUUAACAGUCAAUCAAGUGUAAGCGUUCUGUUCAUUUUUCUUGAAAAUUAUUUUCUUAUUUCAGUGCUAUGCUAUAACUUGGUAUCUUGCUGUUGAUACUCAACUCUACAUUAUUGCUCCGAUUCUAAUAAUUGCAUUAUAUUUUUCAUUUACUGCUGGUGCUUUGUUAACUCUUGCUGGCUGUAUCGGAAGUAUAAUCACGGUUUAUAUUUUAUAUGGAAUUUACGAUUUGCCGGCCACAUUUUUCGGAAAUGGGGAUGUUCUCGAUUUCAACAACUUGAUGUAUGAUAAACCAUGGAUCAGAUGCACUCCAUAUUUAAUAGGAAUACUUGUUGGUUAUCUUAUCGCAGUUUACGGGAAAAGAAAAAUUCGAUUGAAUUGGGUUGCAAGUGUUACACUUUGGAUUGUUGCAGUCAUUAUUGCAGCGGCUUGUUUAUUUUCAACAUUUCAAAAUGACAAAGGUGUCAAAUGGAGUGUAUUCGAGAGAGCCACUUAUUAUAAUUUAUCAAGGAUUGGUUGGUCAUUGGCAGUGUCUUGGGUGAUUGUUGCAAAUCAUAUGGGCUGGGGUGGACCAAUUGAUAAUUUCAUGUCUCAUCCUAUUUGGCAACCGUUUGGUCGAUUAUCUUAUUGCGCAUAUUUGGUUCAUUGGAUGGUUCUUUAUUAUUUCUUAAAUCUAAGCGAUCAACCAAUUCAUUAUUACUCAAUUAUUUUAAUGAUUUCGCAUAUUGCUAUUCCAGCCACUAUUUUGUCUUAUAUUGCUGCUUUCUUUUGGAGUUGUUUAUUUGAAGUCCCAGUUUUAAAAUUGGAAAAACUACUAUUCUCUGGUUUGAUGAAUGGUGAAACAAAGAAAGUUGAACCGAUCGAAAAUGGAAUCUCGGAAAAAGAAAUAGAGAAAACUAGGAUCUGA